GUUCAAGAUCGAUGUUUCUGGGACUGCUGGCUGGAGGAAGAACGGGUCCUGCUUGCUUGCUUGCCUUCAAUUCAACCGACUGAUUACUAGUAUGAUAUGAUGCCUUGGAUUGGAUUCAACACAGAACAUGGAUUCAGCCUGCCGUCCCUUUCCGCCCCAUUAAUCCCCUCCCCAACCUCCAUUACAAUACUGGGCUCCGUGCUGCUCAAUACUCCUCACACUUUUUAAUUAGUCAAUCCCUCACCAUCCCUGUCCCCUUCUCUAUUUUUGUCUUUCCCUCCUUGCUUCUCUCUUUGUCCUGCAUCGUCGAUUCCUCUCCUCAGUUUGCCAGUUUGCCUUGUCCUGUCUACCUGGGAAUGGACUCCGCCAUCAGAGGCAGCCUGCGUCACUGAACUCUGAACAUUACUGCUAGUUUGGGGAUUUUUUUCUCUGCAAACGGCAUCAUGUCACGGUCCCGGAUGUUCUAUAUUUGCUCUGUGAUCUUCACGUUGUAUUUCGCCAAUGUGCAACUGACGACUGCGCAGAUCACGGCACCAUGGGAAGUUAAUGCUCUGAGAGCUAUCAAAAACAGUUUGGACGAUCCGUUGGGAUUUCUCGAUGGCUGGAACCGUGGAGAUCCAUGUGUUGGGAAUUGGACUCGUGUCAUCUGUGAAAAUGAGACAGCAACCGAUGGAUACUUUCAUGUCAAAGAACUGCAGCUUAUACGGUUGAAUUUAUCUGGGACUUUAGCUCCUGAACUUGGCCAGCUUUCUCACAUGAAAAUAAUGGAUUUUAUGUGGAAUAAAAUUGGUGGGAGCAUUCCUGCAGAGGUUGGCAACAUUACUUCCCUGGAACUAUUGCUCUUGAACGGGAACCUGUUGACUGGUCCUUUACCAGAGUCAAUUGGCUUCCUUCCUAAUUUGAAUAGGAUUCAGAUUGAUCAGAACCAUAUAUCCGGACCCAUACCUAAAUCAUUUGCUAACCUGAACAAAACCAAGCACUUUCACAUGAACAAUAAUUCGUUGAGUGGUCAAAUUCCACCUGAAUUGUCCAGAUUACCUUCACUUGUUCACUUAUUGUUGGAUAACAAUAACUUAUCAGGCUAUCUUCCUUCAGAAUUGUCACAGCUACCAAAACUGCUCAUCAUUCAGCUAGACAAUAACAACUUCUCGGGAAGUUCAAUUCCGUCAUCUUAUGGCAAUAUCACCACACUUCUUAAACUGAGUUUGAGGAACUGCAGCUUGGAAGGUCCUGCUCCUGAUGUCAGUGGAAUACCGCAACUUGGAUACUUAGAUAUUAGUUGGAAUCAGUUGACGGGUCCCAUACCAUCUGGUCAGCUAGCAAGCAACAUAACUACAAUAGAUCUUUCCCACAAUCGUCUCAAUGGUUCCAUUCCUGAAAGUUUCUCUGGCCUUCCUAAUCUCCAGAGACUGUCACUGGACAAUAAUCAACUGGAUGGUUCUGUCCCGUCUGAUGUCUGGCGAAAUAUCAGUUUCAAUGGUAACAGAAGUCUGAUAUUGGAUUUCCAUAACAACUUACUCACCAAUCUGUCAAAUCCUCUUACACCCCCUGCUAAUGUUACCAUCCUGUUAUCUGGAAACCCCAUAUGCACAUCUCCGAAUCAACUAAACAUAUCUCAGUAUUGUGGGUCACCGUCACCAGUUGUUCCUGGAGGAGGUUCCCUGGAUAACAGCACACUUUGUUCGCCAUGCUCAACCGACCUUCCUUUCGAAAGCAUACUCAAGUCACCUAACCCAUGUUCAUGUGGCAUUCCACUCUACGUCGAUUACCGUCUGAAGAGUCCAGGAUUCUGGGAUUUUAUUCCGUAUGAAGCGCAGUUUCAACAGUAUCUAUCAUCGGGACUCUUUUUGUCCUCAUACCAGUUGGAAGUUGCUAUAUUUGAGUGGGAAGAAGGCCCGAGGCUGAAGAUGAAGUUGAAGCUGUUCCCAAACAACACUGGGUUUUUUAACUCGAGUGAAGUGCUGAGACUGAGAGACAUGUUCACGGGGUGGCUGAUCGCGGACUCGGAUAUAUUUGGGCCUUACGAGCUUAUUGACUUCAUCCCAGGGUGGUACGAGAACGUACUGCCACGUCGUUCUAAGUCCAGUCUCAGUACAGGUGCCGUUGUUGGUAUUGUCAUCGCAGCAUUUGCUGCAGCGGCAGUUCUUUCAUCCAUCAUUACUCUCUUUAUAUUGAGAAGGCGAUCGACUCGAUUUUCAAAGAAGCGCACUGCGAAAAGAAUUCCCAUGAAAAUUGAUGGCGUAAAAGACUUCAGUUUUGAAGAAUUAUCGAAGUGUACAAGUGAUUUUAGUGAUUCGACACUAAUUGGUCAAGGAGGGUAUGGAAAAGUAUACAAGGGGGUGUUGGCUGAUGGAACAGUAGCAGCAAUAAAACGCGCACAAGAGGGAUCUCUUCAGGGUUCAAAGGAGUUCUUCACAGAGAUAGAAUUGUUGUCCAGGCUGCAUCACCGAAAUCUGGUUUCUUUGCUUGGUUAUUGCGAUGAAGAGGAUGAGCAGAUGCUGGUGUAUGAGUAUAUGCCAAAUGGUACUCUACGUGAUAAUCUUUCAGCUAAAGCUAAAGAGGGUCUAAGUUUUGCCAUGAGGUUACGAAUUGCACUGGGAUCAUCGCGAGGGAUCCUCUACUUACACACGGAAGCAGACCCUCCAAUAUUUCACCGUGACAUCAAGGCUAGCAACAUUUUAUUGGACUCGAAGUUUGUAGCGAAGGUUGCUGAUUUUGGCCUCUCGCGGCUUGCUCCACUGCCGGAAACAGAGGGUACCGCUCCUGGUUAUGUUUCCACGGUGGUAAAAGGUACCCCGGGUUAUCUUGACCCAGAGUAUUUCCUCACUCAUAAGUUGACGGACAAGAGUGAUGUAUACAGCCUCGGUGUCGUUUUUCUGGAACUGCUGACUGGGAUGCAGCCUAUUUCUCAUGGGAAAAAUCUAGUCAGAGAGGUGGUGGCAGCGAACCAGUCGGGGAUGAUACUGUCGGUGGUGGACAUGCGGAUGGGAUCAUGCCCAGGGGAGUGCGUGGAGAGGUUCGCUGCGCUAGGACUGCGGUGCUGCCGUGACGAGACGGACGCGAGGCCAUCCAUGGUGGAGGUGGUGAGGGAGCUGGAGACGAUAUGGCAGAUGACCCCUGAGAUGGACGGUGUGCCCUCGGAGUCGGUGGCCAUGGACCCUAGCCACGCCUCCAGCAGCACGGCGACGUCGUCCGGGGCGAGGAUGGUCUCCGGGGGCAACGACCAGUACAUGUCGUCGUCGGAUGUCUCCGGCAGCAACCUUAUUAGCGGCGUUAUGCCCAGCAUCAAUCCUCGCUAGCUAGCUAGCUGAGAAAUUAGUAAAGAUGGAGUUAUCUUGAGUGGUUUAGUUAUUAGUUAGUUGAUGAUGGAUGCGUGUUUUGUCAUUUGUGUGGUGUAGUUAUUAAGAAUUUGUGAGUGCAUGUGUCAUGUGUGUGUAGGUGUUAGAAAUUUGUGGUUGCUCACGUUUUCCUUUCCUUGUAAAUAUGGAGUUAUCUCGAGAAACAUUAGGGGUUGAUCAAUUUAAAUUGUGUUUUCCGUGUUUU